CGUCUUUACUGGCUAGAGCUAUGUGAACAGUCCCUUCCUCCCUCUGAACAAGUGUUUCCUCUUGCUGAAUGAAAAAAACUGAAGGUGUGUUCGUGUAAGGUGAGGAGCAGGUGGAUUAUGUCUGUGGAUUUACUGCUGAUUUCCUCAGGCAGAAGAAGACUGAAGGAAUUUUUUUUUUAGCUAUUUGCUGUUUUUACAGAAAGAUGAAGACCCUGUUGGUGUUUGUGAUUCUCCUGCACGUUUCCCAGCAUGCCUCAAGUGUGGAGGUGCAGGAGGGAGCAGAGUUUGUCCUGCUGCCAUGUAGGUUUCUCAGUUUUAAUGUGAAAGAAUGCGCAGUUGUGUGGAGCCGGUCCGACCUCAAUCCACCCACAGUUCACCUGCGUGAACAGGAAGGCGAUAACCUUCAGAACCAAAACCAGCAUUACAGCGGGCGAACAUACAUGAAUACUGAUGCUCUGGAAACUGGAAACCUCAGCCUCACUCUGAAAAAUCUUCAACUGUCUGAUAGUGGCAACUACACCUGCACCGCCCGCAAGUCUGGACAUGAACAGGGUGAGACAACAGUGCAGCUGCAGGUCCAGAGGGCCACAGGUGGAGUUGUGUUGUUAGGGCGCAGCAGGGUCACAGUUCUCCUGGUUUUCUUGAAUCUGGCUGCAUUCUUAAUUGUCGGUGGAGGCAUGUACUUCAGACACUAUUUUGUGAAAGUCCCGCAGGUGAAGGUGGAUUCAGGGGUGGAGUCUGUUCAACUUCCCUUUAUAACCACAGUGCACCUGCCUGAAGACGCUACAGUGAUGUGGACUGACAGCUUUAACAGGACAGCCCAUGUGCAGCAAAGUGACUCUGACCAGCCUCAACCACAACAACACUGGUUAUACACAAACCGAACCAAGAUGAAGAGAAACCGGCUGACAGUUUCCAACCUCAGUCUGACUCUGAAAUACCCCACAGACAAAGACACAGACACAUACACCUGCACCGUCAGCACCAGGGAGGGAAAAAUCCUGAAGAAAAAAGUGAAGCUGAAAGUCAAAGUCCCCUGUGUAGAGGUGAAGGAUGGGGUGGAGUCUGUCCAGCUGCCCUGCAAAACCAGACAUCGCCUGCCUGAAGAUGCUAAAGUGGAGUGGACUUGUAUUUACAUCCGAACCAGGAAGGUCCACGUGUAUGAGAACGGCUCUGACCAGUUUAAAGAACAGGACUAGUUUUACAGAGACCGAACGAAGAUGAAUAAAGACCUGCUGAAAACUGGA